UUGAAGAGACUUUUCCAGAUGAGAGGCUUCUAGCCAUUCAACACAGUUCAAAGAUGCCUUGGUAUGCAGAUCUUGCUAACUUUCUUGUGGGCAAAGUUGAACCUGCCGGGAUGUCUCGCCACAUGAUUAAGAGAUUGAAGUCUGAAGCCAAGCAUUACUUCUGGGAUGAUCCAUACCUAUUCAAAAUUUGUGCUGACCAAGUUGUGAGAAGAUGUGUACCUGAACAAGAAGGAUAGGAGAUUCUAAUGCAUUGUCAUGCUGGACCCACGGGAGGUCACUUCUCAGGAGAGAGGACUGCCAGGAAAGUUCUUGAUUGUGGAUUCUAUUGGCCCACCAUUUUUAAGGAUGCUCAUGCUUAUGCUUUAGCUUGUGAUCAGUGCCAGAGGACUGGGAACAUAUCCCGAAGAGAUGAAAUGCCACAACACUAUAUUUUGCCAUGUGAAGUGUUCGAUGUGUGGGGAAUUGAUUUCAUGGGCCCUUUCCCGAGUUCGAAAGGGAACAAGUUCAUAAUAGUUGCUGUUGAUUAUGUGUCCAAGUGGGUGGAGGCCCAAGCAUGUUCCACGAAUGACACAAGGGUGGUUGUCCGGUUCUUAAAGAAGUUAUUUGCACGAUUUGGUGUUCCCAGGAUCUUGAUCAGUGAUAGGGGCAGCCAUUUCAGAAGUGACGCUAUGGCCCGUAUCCUUCAGCGAUAUGGUGUUCAACACAGAAGCGGAGUGGGCUACCAUCCCCAGUCUCAAGGUCAGGUUGAAAAUUCAAAUAGAGAAAUCAAGGCAGUAUUGGAAAAGACAGUUGGUCGGUCAAGAAAGGACUGGGCUGAAAAGCUUGAUGAUGCUUUGUGGGCUAUUCGAACAUCAUAUAAGACUCCUGUUGGCACCACACCAUUCAGGUUGGUUUAUGGAAAAUCAUGCCAUCUUCCAGUGGAGGUCGAGCAUAAGGCAUUUUGGGCUCUGAAGAAUGUUGUAUUUGACCUUGAAGGGGCUGGAAAGGAGAGAUUUUAUCAGCUGAAUGAGCUUGAAGAGUGGCGUGCUAUGGCUUUCCACAACAACCAUUUGUAUAAGGAGCGAGUGAAGCAAUAUCAUGAUAGGCACAUCAAGCAAUCCCGCGAGUUUAGAGUUGGAGAUCAG